CUUACUUACCCUGCUUUUCUUUUUCCUAUAACUAAUGUAAGACUUUGAUUGGGUUUUACUUCAAUUCUUGUUCACUUCACCUCUUUAUUGGCCAAUGUGAUUUUGAGUCGGAGGGAUGGGAAAGAUCUGAAAGUUUUCAAAUUCACUUCUUUAUUUUUCAUUUUGGAUAAAGCAAGUUGCUUGGGAUUAUUAUCUAUUUAUUGACUGAGGGAGAGAGCUGGCUUCUUAAGAUUGUAUUUUAAAGAAUGAGAUGAAGAAAGAUUGAAUUUCUCAGAUAGUUGCAGUUAGUUCUCAUUGUGAAUUCUUUAAUGGGUUUAUGUUAAGUCGGGUAACAGCACCUGAAGUCAGAAAUGGGUUCUGGUGAUUGGUUUAAAACAAUAAUUAGCUUGAAGAAGGUGAAAGAUGAUAGUUCUAAACGAGUGAAGCUCAUCAUAUACUCCUACAAAUUGGGACAGGAUUCUUCUGCUGCUGCAAAAUCAAAUGGCUUCAAGUGGAAGAAUCAGCCACGCAAAAAGUCUGCUACCAGUUGCAAUCCAAGAGUUCUUGACAUGCCAGUUGAGGACUUUGCCGCCACCAGGAUUCAAACUGCCUUCAGGGCCUAUAUGGCUAGGAAAAGUUUACACCGUCUGAAGGGAGCUGUGAGAUUACAGAAUCUGACCCAGAAUUACUCCAUUAAAAAACAAGCUGCAACUACAUUGAACCAUCUUCAUUCAUGGAGCAAAAUACAGGGACAAAUUAGAGAUCGUCGACAUUGUAUGGUAAGAGAAGGCCGGUUAAGACAGAAGCGAUUAGAGAAUCAACUAAAACUUGAGGCAGAGCUGCAUCAUUUAGAGGUAGAAUGGUCUGAUGGCUCCGAAACAAUGGAAGAAACUCUUGCAAGGAUACAUCAGAGGGAAGAAGCAGCUGUUAAGCGAGAGCGAGCAAUGGCAUAUGCCUUUUCUCAUCAGUGGAGAGCAAACUCUAGUCAGUACCUUGGGCUGGUCAACUAUGAACUUGGCAAAGCAAAUUGGGGUUGGAGCUGGACAGAACGCUGGAUUGCUGCUCGUCCAUGGGAAAGCAGAGUCCCUGCUCACUCCAUUAGUCCAAAGAAAGUGCAGAACAAGCAGGCAAACAAAGGUGGUAAAAACACAAAGUCACCAACUAUUACUAAAACACCACUUUCAUCUAAACAAUCUUUGUCUAGCUUGAGAGAAAGUACAAAGGCCCGAAGAUUGUCAUAUCCAGCUGCUGAAAAGAGACCUAUUCUUGAAGGGAGCAUUAAAACUAAAGAAGCAAAUCCCAAAGGGGAACAGAUAUUAGUGUCUCAGCCUUAGCCGAUACAUAGAGUGGAAAGCCUAAUUUUCAAUCGAAUGCGUUCAAAGAUAAGAAAGUUAUUUUAUACAUAUGCUCGUUUUGUUUUAUUGUGUACGAGGGGAGUGGUCUUGUCUUGUGAUGAUAUACUUAGCAUGCAGUUGAGGACAAUAGAACAGGCCCCUGAAUUUGCUUUCUUCUUUCCCCUAAAAGGUUUUCCCGUUUUGUAAUUUUCGUUUUGAAAAAUCAUUUGUAUUUAUAAACAAAUAAUUUGUAUUUAUACUGUAAAUAGACAGGAUUUUAAUUGGAGUGAAGUCAUGGCAUUUUCUGGA